AUGAAGUUAGGUUUUUGCACAACUGUCAGAGGCAGGUGUUCGCGGGUGUUGGGCGUGAUGAAGAGCGUGACCGUGGAGCCCCUGAUGCUGCUCGAUGGUCUCGCCUUCUCCAGUAUACACGUGUACAUAGAGAACCUGCAGAUGGAUCGGGUGUGUAGAGUGAACAGCGGCUUCUCCCAGCAGGUGUGUGACAACCUCAAGGCACAACCUGAAGCCAGUGUGGAGGUGCAGCAGAGGUACAGUGUCUUCGCCCUUUAUAACGGCAUCAUCGCCGCCGCUCUUCCACUCUUCUUCAUCCUCUUUAUGGGCGCCUGGAGUGACAAGUAUGGCAGGAAGGUGCCGCUAGUGGCAGUGCAGGUGGGCCACGCACUCCACGCCGCGGGCUACUUGCUGGCGUCUUUGGCACCUUCAUGGCCUGCCGAAGUGCUACUUGCGGUCACGCUUCUGGACACACUGGGAGGCGGAACCGUGUCAUUCUUGACCGCCGCAAACUCUUACAUUGGUGACGUGUCCUCGGAAGAGUCGCGCACCUCGAGGGUGGGAUUGGCCAAUAGUAUCUGGUUCCUGGGUGGACCAGUGGGCACUCUGAUGGGCACUUACAUCUACAGCUGGGGCGGGUACCUGCCACUCUUUGCCACUUCCUUGACGCUGUCCGUGAUGGCUGUGGUGUAUGUGGUGGUGUGUCUUCCUGAGAGCCACGGACCCUUCGUCAAGAAGACCAUGGCUGUUGUCCCAGACCACAAGACACAAGUGGAGCUGCGAGAGAGUGUGGCGGCAGUGUACGGGCUGGAGGUGAACGCUUCGUCUACCAACACCCUCCACACCCGCCCAAGUCUCUCCACCAUGCUCAAGGACUUCUUCAACCCUCGUCGUAUCCUCGACAGCUUCAAGUCGACGCUGAGGAAGCGCGAAGGAAACACGCGAUCUCUCAUCCUUAUCCUCAUCUUUACCAGCCUCCUCAGAAGAGUUACUCGAUCUCCUUAUGUGUUCGCUUUCACCCGUCACGUGCUGGGAUGGCAGGCUACCGACUACAGCCUCUGGGUCACCUACAAGAACCUGAUGGCCACCGCUGGUUCCCUGGUGGCGGUGCCGCUGCUGAGUGGCUGUCUGGGAGUGUCCGACAACCUGCUGGCCAUGGUGGGCGCCAUGUCCGCCAUCUUCGAGUAUGUCCUCUAUGGCUGCGUCUCCGACACUCGAGCUUAUUUCAUUUGGAUAGCGCCAGUAGCGGCCUUGAUGCUCAACUGUUGCACCAUCGCCCAGCGGGCCAUGAUGACCAAGUUCGUAGCCAAAGACGAAAUCGGUAAGGUGUCUGCGGUGCUUGGUGCCCUGGACGGCCUGAUGCCCAUGGUAAACUCUGCGCUCUACACUGCCGUCUACUACGCCUCCGUCAGCACCUUCCCUGCUGCUCACUUCUUCCUGGGCGUUACUGCAGCAGCUCUCAUGAUCCUCUUAUUCUGCUUCAUCAUGACCGUGGGCGAGUCUGGACAGUAUGAUGUGGAAGACGCCAAGCCAAGUUUUGCUUCGGGGCCCGUCACCAUCAAGUCCCUAGUUAUGAGGAAUAACACUUGCUGGUUGGCCCUCUCCGCGACCCCAUUCAACACCCACUGUCAGCAAGCCACUCUCUGCGCCUACCCUCAACCCCACUCUCUGUGCCCACCCUCAACCCCCACUCUCAGCAAGCCACUCUCUGCGCCCACCCUCAACCCCCACUCUCAGCAAGCCACUCUCUGCGCCCACCCUCAACCCCCACUCUCAACAAGCCACUCUCCGCGCCCACCCUCAACCCCCACUCUCAGCAAGCCACUCUCCGCGCCUACCCUCAACCCCCACUCUCAGCAAGCCACUCUCUGCGCCCAGCCUCCACACCCACUCUCAGCUAGCCACUCUCCGCGCCCAGCCUCAACACCCACUCUCCGCGCCCACCCUCAACCCCCACUCUCAGCAAGCCACUCUCUGCGCCCUGCAGCCUCCACACCCACUCUCAGCAAGCCACUCUCCACGCUCAUCCUUAACACCUACUUUCCCCCCACCCAUCCUCAACACUCGCCCUCACCAUCCACUCUCCACUAA